AUGCCAAAAUUACAUUCUGCUCCAACGAAUAAUGAUGAGAAUGACUAUAUUCUAUCCAGAACUAAAGUUAAGGCGACUCAAUCUCAGCAGCAGCAACAACAACAGCAGCAGCAGCAGCAAUUACACCACCAUCACCACCAUCAUCAUCAUCAAUCAUAUAAGCAACCGAUGAUCCUUAGUGACCCAAUCAACUUUAUCCAAUCUUCGAGCCAGCAAUUCUCAUCCCAGGAACUUUUUGAAACUUCAACACAACAGUUCCCGCAACAGCAGCAACAACAACAACAACAACAAGAACUUGAAAAUGUACCACCUGCUUUCCCCAUCACAGCAAAUACAAAACACGUCUCGCUUUCUAAAUCGGCAUCUGCAAGAACAACAGUUGCAGCACCACCAACAACAACAUCAUCAUCAACAACAACACGACAAUACUUGGGCGACGUCUCAAAACAAUACAUUACUGGGCAUAUUGCACCACCACCACCACCACAACAACACCAACAAGAAGAAGAAGAAAAAGAACAACAGUUGCAGCAACAAUUCCAAAAUCAAACUCAUACUCAGAAUAAUCCUCAAGUAAAUCAGAGCAAAAGAAGGAAGCCAUUGGGAGGCGACCUCGCUCCCUUACAUAUUCAAAGUAGACUAACAAGACCUGUACCAAUUGCCGAAGAUGGCCCAUUACCAAAGAGAAACGCCACUGCUAAAAAUAAUAAAAGUAAUAAAAAUGGUAACGAUAAUAAUAACAACAGCAACAACACUUCUACCAAUACGAAAAUAACUUCUACAUUGCAUGGACAAAACUUAAUGGUUCCAUCGCGAUUACCUCAAAAGAGACAGGCUACUGAGUCGUCGACAAACUUGGUUGAAAAAUUGAAAGUGCCUCAACCACAAGAUUUGGCAGCUGCAACGUGUACAGGUACGGCAGCGGCCUUUGCUUCUGGCUCUGCCUUAGCUUCUGGUACUGCUUCUGGCACUAGUACUGGAAUUGCUAUUGGAAUUGCUACUGGUACAGGUGCUUGUAGUACCGCUGAUGGUACCGCAGCUACUUCAGCUUCAACAAUAUACAAGAGAUCUCGCUUGAUUGAUUAUGAAUGGCAGGACUUGGAUGAAGAGGAUCACGACGACCCACUCAUGGCUAGCGAAUACGUCAAUGAUAUAUUUACCUAUUUCUACGAAUUGGAAACGAGAAUGUUGCCCGAUCCAAACUAUAUCCAAACUCAAAAGAAUUUGAAACCCAAGAUGAGGUCUAUUUUAGUGGACUGGGUUGUGGAAAUGCAUCUCAAGUUUAGACUUUUGCCAGAGUCUCUUUAUUUAGCCAUCAACAUCAUGGAUAGAUUUAUGUCGCUUGAAAAUGUCGAGCUUGACAAAUUACAACUACUAGCCACAGGUUCUCUAUUCAUUGCUGCGAAAUAUGAAGAGGUUUUUUCUCCACUGGUGAAGAACUAUGCAUACUUUACUGAUGGCUCAUAUACCGAAGAAGAGAUUUUGCAAGCUGAAAAAUAUAUUCUUACUACAUUGAAUUUUGAUCUCAACUAUCCUAACCCAAUGAACUUUCUCCGAAGAAUUUCCAAGGCCGAUGACUAUGACGUGCAAUCGAGGACUUUGGGCAAAUAUCUCUUGGAAAUAACAAUUGUUGACCACAGAUUUAUAGGGAUGAAACCAUCAUUAUGCUCAGCGCUGGCUAUGUACUUGGCAAGACUAAUUUUGAAAAAAAUACCGGUUUGGAAUGGUAACUUGAUUCAUUAUAGUGGUGGUUACAGAAUCAAUGACAUGAAACAUUGCAUAGAGCUAUUAUACCAAUACUUGUUGCAACCAAUUGAACACGAAGAGUUUUUCAAGAAAUACGCAAUGAGAAAAUUCAUGAAGGCAAGUACCUUGUGCCAAAGCUGGGCAAAGAAGUUCAGGGCAGAAGGAAGGGACUUGUUUGAUGAACGAUUAUCAACCCAUCGAUUAACGAUUGAGAGUGAUAAUUCGUGA